CGAACCACCGGAGCUCAACUCACAUACCAAAGCCACCGCCCAUCCACCUCUCUAACCUCUCAUCAUGUCGACGACGUCUGCCUCCCGGCCCAGCGGCCCCACCCUUCUGAGCCCCUUUCCGAACUACAAAUCCGCCUCGCUCUCCCGUGUCAAGCUCUCCGCCGGCGGCUCGCCGGUGAAGUCUGUCAGCGUCUCGUCUCCCCCAUCCUCUCCCGUGGGCGGCGCCGCCAAGAUCCGUCGGACAUGCAUGUGCUCCCCGACGAACCACCCGGGCUCGUUCCGUUGCAGCCUCCACAAGGAGCGCAAGCAGGAGGCGGUCCCAGCCGUCAGCAGCAAGCGAGCCUGCCCGCCUUCGCCGCCGCCCAUCGGCAGCGGCUGCUCUAGGCGCAUAGUAAACGUGCUAGCGCAGCGCGUCCCCAUGGGCACCGGGCACUGGGCGCGCAGGGCGCUGGCUCCGUCUCCCACUGUACAGCAGCUGCAGCACAGGAAGCGCGCCGACCGGUUCCGCGCCGGGGCCAGCCGGCUCUCCGCCGCAUCCAUGGCCGGAGGCCGCGCAGGCGGCAGCAACCAGUAAAAAAACCAGCGUCGACAUGCCAUAGCAGUACAUACUGUACAUAGGAAAGAAACUCCCCGAAUAAUUCCGGUCGCUGUAUAGAAGAUCGGUGGGGAUUAGGCCACAAGGCUGGAGUUUUAAGACCCAGAUUCCACCCCGGCCUGAUCAAUUAGCUAGCUUAUAGGAGUAGUUGCACGUAGAGUGGCUGUACAUAAGAGUGAGCCGCCUCUUCUUCCUCUCGGCUCCGCUGCAUAUAGUGUGUUCUUCCUCUCUGCUCCACCUGUACAUAGAGUGAGCUUUCGUCCUAACUCCUGAAUUUGAUUCUGUAUAUACAUCAAUACAUGAGUGACAAAUUGGAGACA